ACCGAAGGUAGCUUGGGCAUCUCGAGGUUGUGGUUGGCAAUGGAGGACUGGGUGUACUAUUCCCUCUCCAUCACCCUGUCCCUUGUAGUAUUCUCCUCCCUCUGCAAGGCCAAGUGCAAGGCGCCGUCGACGACGUCCCUCCCGCCUGGCCCGACCUCGCUGACGGCUUUCGGCCCGCUGCUGCUGCUCGCCUGGACAAGCGUCAACAUCGAGUCCGUGGUCCGGGUCGCACGCUCAUGGUACGGCCCCGUCUUCACGCUCUACCUCCUCCCAUCCUUCCCCGUCGUCUUCGUCGCCGACCGUGCCGUGGCGCACCGCGUCCUCGUGCAGCGCGGCUCCGCCUUCGCCGACCGACCUCCGGCCAACCUCGCCACCCGCAUCUUCUCCAGCAACCAGCACAACAUCACGACCGCCGCGUACGGCCCGCUGUGGCGCGCGCUCCGGCAAAACCUCACCGGCCGCGCGCUCCACCCGUCGAGCAUCCCGCGGUACGCCGCCGCCCGCCGCCGCGCCGCCUCGGGCCUCGUCGACGGCAUCGCACGGCAGAUGCGAAGCGAAGCAGGGGUCGUGGUCAUCGAGCCGCUCCUGCAUGAGGCUGUUUUCCACGUGCUCGCCUGCAUGUGCUUCGGCCAGGGGCUCGACGCCGCCGCCAUCGCCGCAGUCACGUCGUUGCAGAGGGAGCUACUCAAGGAGGCAGUGGGGUUCCAGGUGUUCGGGUCGAGCCCCAAGGUCACCAAGCUCCUCUUCUGGCGACGGUACCGGAGGAUGCUGUGCAUACGGCGGCGGCAGGAGGAGGUGUUCAUCCCGCUGAUCCGAGCUUGCCAUGCGCGGUGCAACACCACCUCCGGCGAUAAGAGCUUUGAAAUGGAUUGCUACGUGGACUCCCUCAUCGGCCUCCUGAUCCCGGAACAAGAUGGCAGCAGCAGCAGCAGGUACCUGACGGACGGUGAGAUCGUCGCCCUGUGCACGGAAUUCUUGUCCGGGCCCAUCGACUCUACUGUCAACGUGUUGCAGUGGGCCAUGGCGAACCUCGUCGCACGCCCGGAGAUCCAAGCAAAGCUCCGGACAGAAAUACACAAUAUCACCGACGGCCAGGUUCAGGAGGAGGAGCGCCUGCCGCGGAUGCCGUACCUCCGGGCGGUGGUCCUGGAGUCGCUGAGGCGGCACCCACCGGCGCGCUUCAUCAUGCCGCACGCGGCGGUCGGGGAGGACGGCGCGGCGCUGGACGGCUUCACGGUGCCGAAAGAGGUGUCGGUGAACUUCACGGUGGGCGACAUGGCCAUGGACAGGACGGUGUGGCCGGACCCCACACGGUUCCGACCGGAACGGUUCCUGCCCGGCGGCGAGGGGGAGGACCUGGACCUCACGGGGAGCAAGGAGAUCAAAAUGAUGCCGUUCGGUGCCGGCCGCCGGAUGUGCCCUGGCAUCGACGUUUCACUGCUGCACGUCAACCUCCUUUUGGCCACCAUGGUCACGGCGUUCCAGUGGAGCGAGGUGCCCGGCGAGCCGGUGGACUUCACUGACAAGCUCGAGCUCACCAUGGUCAUGAAGCGCCCACUCCAUGCCAAGGUCGUGCCAUGCCAUGCUACAAGCUAGCAGCUCUCAAUCGAUCGUCGUCCAUCAUUGUCCCAUCGGAGUAACUGCAUGCAAUAUAAGUACGGUAUGCUGCUACCUAGCUUGAUCUAUCAGCUCUAUGGAGUUUAAUAACUUCAAGAUAUAAAUAGUUGUAUCCAAAUAAAAUGUUACGCUGAAUUGAGCACCACUGUUUUUCUUUAGUUUGUC